UGUCUCGUCUCGAACGCAAUCUCCUCCGCGCUAAGACCUCACACCGUGGGCGUGAUCAAGACGAUGAUGGGCGUGAAUAUCUUGCGGGCGUUGGCCGUCGUGGCGUCUCUCUUGCCUGCGGUUCUUGCGGCACGAUGCGGCCCAGAGUACUUCCCCGUGGCUGGGACGUGCGUGAAGGUGGUGCCCACUACCCUCACCUGGAGCGACGCCCGUGCCCGCUGCCAGGCCGAGGACCCGCCCGCUGACCUCCUCAAGAUCACGCCCGAAAAGCUCUUGGAAGAUCUCUCGCGAUUUAUAAACACUAAAUUCCCAGAAGAAACUGGUGAUAGAUAUUCUUACUGGGUUGGUGGUCACGGUGCUAACCAAGACUGGCGCUGGGUUGAUGGCUCCAAGCUAAGUAUCAAGUCUAACAUCUGGCUGCCCGACGAACCCUCCCAGACGCAGAAGGGUUUCACAAAGCUAGUGAUGGCCAGUGCCGUGCAUGGCCGACGGUAUCUCGUAUACGGACCCGAGAAGUCUACCGCCCAAGGGUUCAUCUGCGAGCACUGAAGAUGCUGUGUAGGAUGCUGAUACGGAGAUAAGCGAAGAUGGAGGAUGGUCUGGAUUUUUCGUUUCGUUUCGUUUCGUUAUUUUUUUUUGAUUAUACAUAGAUUCUUUUUCUCUCUCUCUCUCUCUCUCUUUUCAUUCGUCAUUUUUCUUCGGUUUUCUCUUUAUAUUCUUCCUCUUCUUCGUCAUCUUCUUUUUGUUUGAUUUCUUUUUAUUUUUUGUGAUUUUCUUCAUCCGAUCGCUUUGUGUAUUGAUAGUGUUUUAUGCAAUAAAAUGGUUACACUUAAAA